AGCUGAUACAAACAAAUUCCACAAUAUAUAUAUAUAUAACGACCUUUGCCAUCAAGCGCCACGAGCCCGGCACAAUACCUUAAAUCUUUCUCUAUCGGGCUUCCUUCUGAUUAAUCCAUCGCCGACAACCACCACCAGCGCCACCACAACCGCCGCCGUCACCUUUUCACUAGCAUACGCCUCCUUUUAUAACAAUUAACGAACAAAGGAUUACCCGAAGUGAGGAAUUCCGGUGACUGUUACAAUGAGACAAUGAGCUCCCCUCCACAGCAAGAAAAUACCUCCCCGGAUUCCAAAGAAGAAGAAUCGUUCCACCUCCUUACCGCCCCGCUGCCACAGUCAACGUCGCCGUUAAUUAACGGCGAUGGUGAUGACAGCGAAGAAGAAUUUGCGUACGGAUCUGGGGAGAAGAUCCACGUCGUUGAUUUCGAUUCAGUACCGAUCGACGGUGUUGAUUAUAGCACGGUGCCUCCAUUCUCGUGGAAGAAGCUAUGGCAGUUCACGGGUCCUGGAUUCUUAAUGAGCAUAGCUUUUUUGGAUCCGGGGAAUUUGGAGGGGGAUCUGCAAGCUGGGGCAAUUGCGGGUUACUCGCUUCUAUGGCUGUUGUUAUGGGCCACUGUUAUGGGGUUGAUGAUUCAGCUAUUGUCGGCGAGAAUUGGCGUUGCAACUGGCCGGCACUUGGCGGAGCUUUGCCGGGAGGAGUAUCCUAGAUGGGCUGGGCUUCUACUGUGGUUCAUGGCUGAGCUGGCUCUGAUUGGAGCUGAUAUUCAGGAGGUGAUAGGGAGUGCCAUUGCAAUUAAGAUACUCAGUCGUGGGGUUUUACCACUUUGGGCUGGUGUCCUUAUUACUGCUUCUGAUUGCUUUCUUCUUUUGGUUCUUGAGAACUAUGGGAUAAGAAAGUUGGAAGCUGUGUUUGCUGUUCUUAUUUCGACUAUGGCACUGUCCUUUGCUUGGAUGUUUGGAGAUGCCAAACCAAAUGGGAAGGAGCUUCUAGCAGGUCUCUUGAUUCCAAAACUUAGUUCAAGGACAGUUCGGCAAGCUGUUGGAGUUGUUGGUUGUGUAAUAAUGCCUCACAAUGUGUUCUUGCAUUCAGCUUUGGUGCAAUCCAGAGAGAUCGAUUUGAAGAAAAAAGGGCAGGUUCAGGAGGCACUGAAUUACUACUCAAUAGAAUCCUCCUUUGCCCUUCUUAUCUCCUUUAUGAUCAAUUUGUUUGUUACAACUGUCUUUGCCAAGGGAUUUUAUGGCAGUGAGCAGGCUGGUAGUUUAGGCCUUGUAAAUGCAGGGCAGUUUCUUCAGGACAAGUAUGGUGGGGGACUAUUCCCAAUUCUUUAUAUUUGGGGCAUUGGGUUACUGGCAGCUGGGCAGAGUAGUACGAUAACUGGUACUUAUGCUGGACAGUUUAUCAUGGGAGGUUUUCUAGAUCUACGUUUGAAGAAAUGGCUUAGGGCGCUGAUUACUCGAAGUUGUGCCAUUUUGCCAACAAUCGUUGUCGCUCUGAUUUUUAAUAGAUCUGAAUCAUCACUCGACGUUUUGAAUGAGUGGCUUAAUGUGCUUCAGUCUAUACAGAUCCCUUUUGCGCUUAUUCCCCUUCUAACAUUGGUGUCCAAGGAGGAGCUAAUGGGUACUUUCAAAAUUGGGCCUACUCUCGAGAGAGUUGCAUGGACUGUUGCUGUACUUGUGAUGGUGAUAAACGGCUAUCUUUUGCUGGACUUCUUUGUCUCUGAAGUCAACGGGCUGCUGUUUGCUUUUCUGGUCUGUGCUGGGACUGCAGGUUAUAUUGCCUUCAUUUUAUACCUUAUUUCACAUGGGGGUGGCAAUGUUGCCAAUUGGUUCAACCUACUCCGCACAAAAGGAUAUAGCUAUGCUGGUCAAUGAGACAUCUAAGAGAAUACAUUCCAUCAAAUCCAAACAUCGUAAAUAGUAAAUCACUACAUUGCAGAGAGGCCAUGAUUGGGAAGUUUGAUUACGGAAGCAUUCUUUCAUCUGAAGAGAUUCCAAUUUCAUUGUGUCCUAACUGUCAUAAUAGAUGUCCAGAAAUUGUCCGCAUUUGCUUUUAGCUAUAGGUUCCCCAAAAGAAAUAAUGGAGCAAACUAUCCAGGAUAUUGACAUCAGUUAUAUAUAGAGGAUGAGGAAAGUAUAUAGUCCGCCGGAUAAAAGAUACUUGUUCAUUGCAGGCGUAUACGAUCCACAAUGUUGUAUUUAUCAAAUAGAUGCAGAAGAACUUCAAAGCCAUUAAAUUUUUGCAAGAGAAUUUUCUAUUGUGCAGUAAUCUAAUUUUUGGUUCAGCUGAUUAGAUGUGACUUACAUUAAUACAAGUGUAAGUGUUUGAA